CAGGGAUUCACUUUUUAAACUCGAGAAUGUUGUAUGCGUAAUAAUUGAUUGAACAACCCGCAGACUUUAAAUUUGCAACUAAACCGUGGCUGUUCUCGGGUUGGUUUGUUUUUGGUUUGAAGGACUGAAUCCCAUCAGUUGAACAUGCCUGGCUCUCCCACUGAGGUCUCACCACUCACCGAUGCAGCAGCUACUCCUGCUGCUGAACAGCAACAACAGUGGAACAGAUGGGGAAUGUUGAAAGCAUUUGCUUUUCGUCUUCUAACAGCUUAUUUUGUUCUCAACUUGUUUCGCCGUCCAUCACCUGGUCAGGUGAAUCCGAAUAAAGGAGUUAUCCCAGCUACCAAUCUCUAUCAGUCGGGCUCUCCUAUGGAGUUGUUUGUCUAUUUGAGUGAAAAUGAGACGUUUCAUUUUUUUAAUGACUCCAAUGCGUUAUUUUGGCAUGAACCUAAUAUUAACUAUGGUGAUUGGAGUGCUGGACCUGACAAAGAUGGUUCAUUCUCGAAGACAGGCGAAAUUCAUUGCAGCCAAUUUCCUAAGUUAAUGUUUAAUGGUUCCCUGUACAUACACGUUUAUCUUGUUAAACCUGGCUUUUCACCUGAUCCCAAUGCAGGCAACAAAUAUUCAUUGAGGUAUACUGUUUACAAGUCUAAAAUGUUAACGCGUUAUAAACGUCGUCGUCUGUCUCGCACAACCAACCUAAUCACGGGUCACACGGAUUCACAUCCAGAUUUAACAGCCAAUUCCUCCACGCCAUCUGGUGUACAGUACUUGCCUCCAGUCACUCACUGGCACCCAAACCUGACUAUUAACUUAGUUGAUGAUCAAUCUCCGUGGGUGAAAGGUUCUGUUCCUAUGCCAUUAGAUCAGUUUAUCGAAUUUUAUUCACCAACCAAUGAAUAUUAUCCUGUUGUUUAUCUCAAUGACUAUUGGAAUUUAAAUGAAGAUUAUAAACCAGUGAAUGAAACUACCCCCGUAUUACCUAUACGCAUAACUUUCUCACCAUUGUCUUUGUUUAAAUGGCAAUUAUAUGCUGCGCAGACAGCUAAGAAAACGUGGUUUAAUCAAAUGAUUGUCACUUCAGUGUUACAACCAGAAAAUGAGAAUGAUGAAGAACAAGAUGCAAUCAAGAAAGCGUUAAUUGAAACAAAUCCUUGGCUACUGGUAAUAACUGUUGUCGUAUCAAUUGUGCACAGUGUUUUUGAAUUGUUGGCAUUUAAAAAUGAUAUACAGUUUUGGAAAACAAGAGAAUCAUUAGAAGGCCUAUCAGUACGCUCAGUAUUUUUCAAUGUUUUCCAGUCAUUCAUAGUUGUACUAUAUGUACUUGAUAAUGAUACAAAUUUUGUCAUCAAGUUAUCUGUAGUUUUGGGAUUGUUAAUCGAAGUUUGGAAAAUCAAAAAAGUACUCAGUAUAAAAGUGAGCUACGACUCAUUAAUCUUCAAUGCAUUCCCGCGUAUUCACGUUGAAUACCAGUCAUCGUAUGUGGAGAGUGAUACGAAGAAAUAUGACCAGAUGGCUUUCCGUUAUUUAUCCUGGAUGUUAUUCCCUCUGUUAACAGCUUAUUGUGGAUAUUCAUUAAUAUAUGAAGAGCAUCGUGGAUGGUAUUCUUGGAUAUUGUCUGUAUCAUAUGGUUUCUUGCUAACUUUUGGUUUUAUCAUGAUGACUCCUCAGUUAUUUAUCAAUUAUAAGAUGAAAUCUGUUGCUCAUCUCCCAUGGAGAAUGUUAACAUACAAAGCAUUAAAUACAUUUAUCGAUGACUUAUUUGCAUUUGUUAUUCGAAUGCCUACUCUCUACCGCCUUGGAUGUUUACGUGACGACGUUAUAUUUUUCAUCUAUCUUUACCAACGAUGGAUAUAUCCCAUGGAUCCAAAUCGUGUUAAUGAGUUUGGAGUUAGUAAAGAAAUGCUUGAUGCCCAGACUAAGAAAAAGUUAGAAAAAGUGGAUGCUAAUGGUGAAUUGCCUUCCGAUGAUGCAGCAACACAUACUUCCAAAUCUUUGUCAACUUUAUCCAAUGGCGAUGAUAACCAUCAGGAAGAAAACACACCGUCAGUGCGUAAACGUCAAUCAGGUUUUAUAAAAAAAUAAACUCCUUAAGUGGAAAGACGUUGAUUCGUUUUGUUUUCCAUAUGUGUUAUGUUUUUGUUGAUUCUCUGAUUUAUUUUCCCUCGUAUGUAUACUAUAUUCUCAUCAUAUCCUGUUAGGGAAUUCUGGUUUUUGUUUUAAACAUAUAUAUUUUUUGCACGCAGACAAGGCAUAGCGAUUAAUAGUGUAGAGUCAUUUUAAAUCGUUUAAGUUUACAGGGCAGGGUAUUCCAUUUUGCAGAUACAUAAUACUCUAUGAAAGCUUUUAUUGGUGUGAUUUAUUCAUGUUAAUUGUCUUUGAUGAUAGUCUGCACGUAAAGACGCGUUGGCCAUAAUCCUCCACCCUUAUUUCUUAUUUCCUUCUUAUUGUAAUUUGUCAUUACGUGUCAUUGUUUAGCUUACAUCAAAUUUAGAACCUUGCCAAUCUUUUAUUUUCUAAUGUUGAGUAACUCGGCUGUCUACAAAUGUUCCAACUUAGAAACUUUUAUUUCCUUAUUUUUUGUUGAGCAUGUUCUAUACUCCUUCUUGUAUGUAGUCAUUUCAUACCUCGUUCUAUCCUGUGUUAUUGGCAGUUGUGUAUAUGAUUGACAAAAACACUUUUAGAGAACACGUGUUUAAUAAACUACGUUUUGUCAUAGUAUAUAGUCUUCAUCUUCUUCAUUUUUCUUUAUGUAGCAAUUGGUAAUUGUACAUUGUGUUAAAAUGACUAACAAGUUGAUGAUUCAUCGGAUGCAGUAUGCUACAAAGCUUUGAAGACAUUAUUUAUAUGUUAUAAAUUAUUCAAAUUAAUCCCAGCGUGGUAAGAAAAUCAAAACAAGAAUUUUCUAAACGUUUCGCCGUGUAAGCCACAGCUUCUUCAGCAGAUUUAUUGGGAUUAUUAUUAAUCAUCAAAAUAUAUAGUCAAAAUUUUUUACAUAAAUUGAAGUCAGUUUAUUUGAAAGUCAUUUGUCCAUGGACAUUUUUUACCAAUAGAAAUAUGUGAGCAGUCAUCACAUGUAUUUGUAAUGAUUAAUGAUGAAUCAUAAUAAUGAAUCAAUCUUACUCGGCGCUCAAAUUAUUCCAGGAAGUUCGUAACACCUACGGUCUGGAAACCUAUAACAUUAUU